AUGGCUAAACAGAGAGGAAGAAGAGAAAAAAAGACAGCAGUCAGAGAGCGAGGAGCGGGUGCUGAAGAUCCUGAGGCUGAGCUUUCCUAUGAGCAACACGAGGAUCAGGAAGUCGAAGAAGAGUCUAUUUCCUCCACAAAACAGCCAUCUGAGUUUUCAACUGUAUUCUUUGGCCUUGUGGAUUCUAGCGAGGUAGACUACUUCAAGCAAGCUGAAUCGACGCUCAAUGUGAAUGCAUUUGAAAACGACCAGGAGCGUAAUGGUUUCAUCGGGUCGGUGCUUGAGGAGUCCAGAGGUAAAGAACUAAAGCUCGUUACCAACCAGAUCUGCUCCAAGUUGAUGGAGAGACUUGUGCUCUUUGCUAGUGAUCGUCAGCUCAAACAUAUUUUCCACCUGUUUUUGAACCACUUUCCCGCCUUGGCACACCAUAAGUACUCAUCGCAUGUUAUAGAAACGCUUCUAGUACGAAGCGCAGCAUUAAUAGAGAAAGAGCUAGCACACAAUUAUGAGGAGGAGGAGCUCGCGGACUCAGAAGAAUUUGACAACGAGCAAGAUAAGUUCAUUGCAACCACUACGAUGGAGUCAAUGUUUAUCAAGAUGCUCCACCUGUUUGAGCCUUAUUGGCCUUCAAUGAUUGAGCACCAAUAUGCUUCACAUGUCAUGAGAAUAAUUGUACUCAUACUAUCCGGGAAGGAGUUGCCUUCAACCACAAUGGCGAACUCAACCUUGCGCUCAAAAAAGUCGAAAAUAGCUAGAAAGAUGAUUGAAAUAAAGGAUAACAGUGACUUCAACCGUGCAUUUGAGGUUCCCUCCUCGUUCAAAGACGAGCUUCGGAAAUCGAUAAAAAAAACUAUCGUCGGAUGGGACACAAAAAAAGCAAGAGAGAUGGCAAUCCACAAAAUAGCAUCACCUGUUCUCCAGCUUUUCAUCAGAGUCGAGGGUAUUGUUGAUAGAGAACGUUCACUCUGGCAUUUGAUCUUUCUAGGAGAAAAGGAAGGAAGAGAUUCCAAGGAGGAAGGCUUUGUAGAAUACCUCUUAUCAGACCCAGUCGGCUCGCAUUUCCUCGAGUCGGUCAUCAAGAAUGAUGGUGCCCGAAUGAAGUACAUUGAGAGACUUUACCGCUUGUACAUGAAAGAUCGUGUCUUGAAGUUGGCAAGAAGAUCGACAACAGGGGUUUACAUCAUACAAGCAUUGCUACUCAAGCUUAAGCCUGGUGAAGUUGAGCACAUCCUCGACGCAGUUAUCCCAGAGCUUGCAAACUUGAUAUCUAUUUCCGAGAAUCAAAAUAUUGAUUUGGCCAAGUCGGUUAUUGACGCAUCUAUCUCAAGAUACAACUAUAGAAGAGACGAGCUUAUAGAACAAUUUUUCAUCAAAUUUGCUCCAAAUUUCGAACCACAUGAACCAGAUGGUACCACCACCGAAUUCUUUGAGAACGUAUUGCAAUUAACGGGCUCCACAUUAGGUAACACCAGGGAUGAUUGGCCCACAGCUGAAGAGAGAAGAAGAUCCCUAUUUAUGGAGAAGCUCAUGGAAUACGACUACUCGUUCGUGAUUUGUGCCUGGUAUAACUGCAUCGCCCUCUCCAUCGAGAAGUUCGUACAAAUGUGCACUCAUGGUGUGUUUUCCCACGUCAUUGAGCAUGCCUUGACAGUGAAGCCAGCAACAGAUCCCGAAUCGAAAGACAUUCUCAUUUCAAGAAAAAAGUUUUUGAAUAUCUUUCUGGGUCAAAUAUUCACCUUGGCAUGCAAUUCGUAUGGAUCGCAUAUCGUUGAUAAAUUGUGGGAUUUUACUGUUCUUUUGCCUAUGUACAAGGACCGCAUUGCUUCUGAGCUCAAUUCAAAUUCUCAUAAGAUAAAAGAGAGCACUUAUGGUAGAUUAGUCUGGAAGAACUGGUCUAUGGAGUUGUUCACGCGUAAGAAGUUCGACUGGAAAAGACUUGUCAAGGAGCAAGAAGAGGCGUACUAUGCUGAUGGUGGCGAGGGAGCCAGCGAUAAGCCAGUGAAGGAAAAGAAGCCGAUUGACUUGAAGAUGGAAGAACUCUACAAAAAGCAAAUGGGUAACGACAAAAGGCCAGGAUCAGCUCUAUCUGGAUCAAAUCAAAAGAAAAUCAAGGUCAGGGGCCGUAAUAGGUAA